AAAUCCCGGAAUCCCAUAAUCCCGAGCUGUCCCGUUCCCGUUGCCCAGCCCACGGAGACGGAGCGCUGCAUCGAGUCCCUGCUGGCCGUGUUCCAGCGCUACGCCGGCCGCGAGGGGAAUUCCUGCACCCUCUCCAAGAGGGAAUUCCGGGCCUUCAUGGACACCGAGCUGGCCGCCUUCACCAAGAACCAGAAGGAUCCGGGCGUGGUGGACAGGAUGAUGAAGAAGCUGGACAUGAACAGCGACGGGCAGUUGGAUUUCCAGGAAUUCCUGAACCUCAUCGGGGGCAUCGCCGUGGCCUGCCAUGAUUCCCUGAUCCUCAAAUCCCCCAAUCCAUAAA